CGGUGUAUACCAACUGCGUCUAUCACCAUCAUAUGCCCAAGAACAUAUAGAGGGAGACUGCAGCAUCCAAGUCCACAGAGAGGAGCCAGGCCUUCUUCGUGUAAAACUGCAGAGUCGUCACGUGUCAUCAAGAUCCUACCUAUUGUGGAUACAGUAUGGUGAGGGUGAAGUCAAGGCUUGGUACUGCAAGUGCAGGGCUGGUGCUCGUGUUGUGGGUAUGUGUUCCCAUGUUGCUGCCAUCCUUUGGUAUCUGGGACAUGCUCGCCAUCAAAGAGAUGAGAAACUGGGAGUGCGAGACUGGGGGGAGUUUGUUGAUGAUGCCACACUGGUGGAUGACUCUGACAGCUCCAGUGAAAGUGAUGAAAGUGGACCAGAGGUAGUGAUGGGAAUCGGUAAGAAUUUCAUAAUCGAUGAUUGGGGGCGAAACAUCUUAGAGCACACGUGUAACGAGGGCGAAACCACCCAGUUCCUCUUAUAUAGAGACAGAGGACCAGUCAACAGACAGACAGAACAGACGACAGUAGACGUGAUGGAGUCGGAGAAAAACUAGGUCUGGAAGAUGAGAUAUAGAGACCUACACAUCAGGGAGUUUAAUUUUAUAUAACAACUCAUAAGACUGGAAUCACAAAAGUGUUCUUCUGAUCACACACAUAUUAUAACAUCAACUCAUAUGUCAAACGUUAUGUUGAAGUUCAUUUAUAUAAGCCAGACUUCAUUUCUGUCGGCUAGUACAUGUUUAUCAAGAUACUCAUUAACCUUUUCAAUUUAAUUAAGAUGAAUAAGAUUAUCUUAACUGUUCUUUAACAAUUAACUACAUGUAGCACAAAGUAUCAUGCGCGGA